UUCUUCAUCAAAUUUAUCCUCUUUGAUACUACUACCACUACAACAACAAUAAGAUCCUCUAGUAGGUUGUUUCCGAUAGGGCCUCUAGUAGGUUGUUUUCGAUAAGAAAAAAAAUGGAAAAAUUAGCCACAAUUUUUAUUUUUCUUUUCUCUUUUGUAGCUUUUUCUCAUUGUUUACCAUUAUCAACAAGUUCGAGAUGGAUAGUAGAUGAUGCAACUGGUGAAAGAGUGAAAUUAGUUUGUGGAAAUUGGCCUGGCCAUAUAGAAACCAUGUUACCAGAAGGCCUAGAUCUAAAGCCCGUUAGCCAUAUUGCUAGGCACAUAUCAUUAAUGGGCUUCAAUUGUGUUCGUCUUACAUGGGCUACUUACAUGUUCACUCGAUAUUCAAAUCUCACUGUGGUCCAAUCUUUUAUGAACAAUGGGCUUCAUGAUGCUAUGUCAGGAAUAGCAAGGAACAAUCCACAACUAUUGGGCCUUACUCUUGUUGAGGCCCAACGGGCUGUGAUUGAAGAAUUGGGCCGUCAUGGUGUUAUGUCUGUUCUUGAUAAUCAUGUUAGUAAGCCCACUUACUGUUGUGGGAGUGAUGAUGGGAAUGGUUUUUGGGGUGACAAGUAUUUUCAACCUAAAGAAUGGUUAAAAGGCAUGGAUAUUGUUGCUAAACAAUACAAGAAUUUACCAAUGGUUAUUGGCAUUAGUCUACGCAACGAGCUACGUGGUCCUCUUCAAAAUGAAAGUGUAUGGUAUGAGAAUGUUGAGAAAGGUGCCAAAACAAUUCAUAGGGCUAAUCCUAAUCUUCUAAUAAUCAUAUCUGGAUUAGAUUAUAGUAUUGAUUUUACCUUCCUAAAACAAAAGCCCUUGAACUUAUUCAACAUGAGAAAUAAAAUCGUAUACGAGACUCAUCGUUACGCAUUCACCAAGAAACAAACUGAUUUGUUCUUAACUCAACCACUAAACAAGGUUUGUGAGACAAUUAAGGAAGAGAUUAUGAACAAAUCAGGUUUUUUGCUUAAGGGGAAAAAUGCAGCACCAUUGUUUAUUAGUGAAUUUGGAGGUGACCAAAGGUUAACGAACCAGGCUGACAAUUACUUCAUGGGUUGCUUUCUAUUAUUUUUAGCUGAAUUGGAUUUGGAUUGGGCUGUUUGGACCUUGCAAGGUAAUUAUUAUAUUCGAGAUGGUGUAUCGAAUUCGGAGGAGAUGUAUGGGAUGUUUAAUUCUACGUGGAAUUCUCUUCGAAGUCCUGAAUAUCAUGCAAAGUUACAACUUGUUCUACAAAAACUCCAAGAUCCAAAAUCAAAGAAACCAAUGUACCACUUAUUGUACCAUCCACAAAGUGGCAAGUGCUUGACUAUUGCACCCAACAAUGUUGUAUAUGCAAGUGAUUGCAUUGGAGCUAGCCGAUGGAGCCACGAUGGAGAUGGCACGCCGAUCCGAUUAACCGGAACAUCUUUGUGCCUUACAGCAUCAAGAGAGGGCUUGCCUAUAACAAUUUCAACAGAUUGCAAUGAGCAAAGUACAUGGAAACUUGCUUCAAAUUAUCAACUUUCAAAUAUUGAUGAGAAUGGGAAAGAGUUGUGUUUGGAUUAUGACACAUAUUAUUCUUCUUCUAAAGUUUUGGUUAGGAAGUGUGUUGGCUUAGAUGGAAAAAAUAUUGAUAAUCCUCAAACUCAAUGGUUCAAGUUUGUCUCGAUCAAUGUUUAGUAGAGUUCAUUAUUAGUCUUUUUAUAGGUGAACCUUUUUAGGCAGGUACCUUUUAGGUUAUGUCUUUGUUUAAAUCUUCUUGUUGAAAUAAUUUCCUUUUUUUUAUUUGAACAAGUGACACAUCCUUCUUUGAGUAUAUACUAGUAAUAUUUUCCCUUUUUA